CUCCCUGUCCCUGCUGGCCAGCCCUCUUCUGAUGGAGCCCAGUUGUUUCCAUUCCAGGAGCCCACGCUUGGGAUAAUCCCCAUUUGGUUACACUGGUCACAAUAGGGACAAAUACAGCUGGCUUCUCUUAUCCUGCUCCUCGUGUAACAGCCCCCAGGAGCAGCUGGGGGUGCACACAGAAGGAUGCAUUAUGUCUUUCCCUGCCCAAGCCCUGCUCUCCCUGCCAGCUCACCCCAAGUACGCAGCAAUCAGCUAAAUCAGCUUUAUCCCCCCGCAGGCAGUCACGCCAGGGUAAAGAAAUCAGCCUCAGCUGCCUGAUGGGAUCCUUUGCCUGCUCGUCAUCUUAAAGCCUCUCACCUCUCCUCGUCUUUCAUCAUGGUUAUAAACCCCUUAGAACUUCAUCACGUGCUCCAUAAAUAACAAAUAUAUAAGUGAGGCUCUGCGUGUGGCUGCAGUUCCAUCCCUGCUGUCCCACAGCUGCGAGGAGCCGCAGGAUCAGGUUGGAGAGGAGCAGCACCAGGUCCCCACCCCCAUCCCACAGCCGGUAUUUUCGGCAGCUAAGAGCUCAGGAAGAGAUUGGCUGAAAUUAAGCUGAAAUUAAGGGUGCCGUGACACUGCUGGGGCCCGGAGCUGACAGAGCCGCCCCGGAUAAAGGCAGCUGGGAGCAGAGCGGGAUGCCGGCGCUCAGCGCGGUGCCGUUCCUGAAGCCCACCCACCCGCAGGGCCCACGCAAUUCUCCCGGCCGCCAGCGCCGGCACACGCUGCCUGCCAGCGAGUUCCGCUGCCUCAGCCCCGAGGAUGCCGUCAGCGUGUUCGAGAUCGAGAGGGAAGCCUUCAUCUCCGUCUCCGGUGACUGCCCGCUGCACCUGGACGAGAUCCGCCAUUUCCUGACGCUGUGCCCGGAGCUCUCCCUCGGCUGGUUCGAGGAAGGGCGCCUGGUGGCCUUCAUCAUCGGCUCCCUCUGGGACCAGGACAGGCUCAGCCAGGCAGCGCUGACCCUGCACGAGCCGCGGGGCACAGCCGUGCACAUCCACGUGCUGGCCGUGCACCGAACCUUCCGGCAGCAGGGCAAGGGUUCCAUCCUGAUGUGGCGAUACCUGCAGUACCUGCGCUGCCUGCCCCGCGCCCGGCGCGCCGUGCUCAUGUGCGAACAUUUCCUCGUGCCCUUCUACGAGAAGUGUGGUUUCAAAGCUCUGGGUCCCUGCCAGGUGACGGUGGGCGCGUUGGCCUUCACUGAGAUGCAGCACGAGGUGCGGGGCCAUGCCUUCAUGCGCAGGAACAGCGGCUGCUGAGCCUUGCAACCCAGCUACACGCCAGCCGGGGGGGGGAGGGAGUGAAUACUGUGAGCCCUCUCCACCCCCACCGUGGCUGCACAUCUUUCCCUGCUGGCCCCAGCCACAGCUCCCUGCCCACACAUCUGCCUUUUGGCCAAGGGAUGAGCGUGGCCCCAGCCCAGCCCUGUGCCUCACUCUCCCAGCGCUGGGGAAAAAUCCAGCCUGCAGCAUCGAGCCUGCACCCCCUCCCCCUCCCCUUCUAUAGUUGGGGCUGUGAAGGGGAGCCCAGGAGGACUGUGCAACCAAAGGAUCUAUGAGAGAUGGAAAGAGCCUCAGUAGAACCUGUAAACCUUGAGCCCCCAGCCCAGCGUCCCCUUCCCCAGCACAGCCCAACACCAGGCAUGAAGCCAAGCCCUGCUCUGAGCAGCCCUUGCAGCCACCCCUCACCCAAAGGCACCUUUACAGCAUGAGACCCCCAGGGUGCCCCCCACCCAUGGCCACCCCAAAUUGCACAGCCAGGAUCCUCCCUGCAGGGCCAAUCCUGCAUGCAGACACCACCUGCCCAGAAAGAGCCCUCUGCAAAUGCCUUGGUCUGUUGUGAAGCAGCAAAUAAAGAUGCAGUGGUUGUUUUCUACACGCCUGCCUAUCUUUGCCCCCAGCUCCAUGCACACAUGGGUCCAGCCAGACAGCCCAGACCCAUCCACUGCUUUUUGGGGUGUCUCAGCUUUAAGCAAAAUGAGGCAGAUGUGCCUCAGGGUAACUUAUGGGGUGAUGCUGCCCUUGGGCAAGGAAUGGAGGCUCUGCGGGUCAUUGUGCCAUGCCACAGGAGGGAUUUUUAGAGGGGAACUGGGGAGAGCAUCCCCCUGCAGAGCAGGGACAGGCCUACUGACUGCUGCCAACCCCCCCCCCCAUCAAAAG